UUCUGCGAUCGGAGAAAGUUCCUCCUCCCCACUUCUCCCUAUACUCUCUCCGCUUUAUGUGCUCCUCCAAGCCGGCGACGUGUUCCGGCGUAUUUCCCGUGCAGUAGAUCCCGAUAUUAUCUACUAUUUAUUAAUCGAAAUAUCUCUUUUUGUUCUCUCUCCAUGAAAAAAAGUUCCUUUUUGCUGUCACUUCUUUCUGAUCUCAAGCUGUUGAAUUCGCUCAGCCUUAUUUGUUCAUCGCCGCGGGCGAUCUUCCGGCGAGUUCGGCGUGUUUAGGCUUCUGGCUCUUUUCUAAUAGAUCCACCGUCAUCCUUAAUAACUCAUCAAAAUUCAUAGUUUCUAACUAUCAUUUAAGAUCCAAUGAAAACAGAGGCGGGUGAAGGAGAAACUCAGUGCAUGCUCUCCUCCUGCAGAUCAAGAGACCUCCUCUUACGCUUCUCUGGCAGGUUCUCUCCAGAUGAGACGGAGGAGGCCAAUGGCAGCGACUCAGACGAGAUCGAGCUCGGUCUCUCGCUCGGAGGGUGUUUCAAUUCAGCCAAAAGUCAUAAAAAUCGGAUCUUGCGAUCCGCCUCCAUUCCUGCAAUCUGCGAGAUCCCACCACUGUUUCCCUUGUUCCGCACAUGCUCGCUUCCGGUGGAUGAGAUGCAGAGAAAGAUGGAGGCGAAGAGGAAGAGAGAGGAGAGCAGGAAUUUUAGGAGAUUUGGGGAGAGAGUAGACGAGGAAUUGGAAGAAGGGCCUGUUUGGAAGUUGAGGAGAUUUGAGAUUGAGAAUGAGGGGUCGUGGAUUCGGAGCGGUGAUCAGGCUAACGGAGUGUCUUCUCCGGUGGCAUCAAGAUGUAUCGCCGGAGCUAGUCUGCCGUCAACGUUGAUGAAAGGUGUUGCGCCAGCGUUGCAGGGUUCUGUUGUAUCGGAGGGGAGUAACUCUUCGGGAGGGUCGGAGAUGGAGAGCCGAUCAGGGCAAGAACUAUGUCUCCACUGCUUUUAUCCUUCAGGCUUUGAACUCUCUGGAUUCAGUCAAACUUCCGAAAUCAGAAGCCCUUCCAGGUUUCUGACAAAUUCUGAACAGAAUAAUCACAAAUCUCCUUCUUUUGCAUCAAUCUCAGCUGCACCAAUCUCUAAACCCAUCAAUGGUACUGCCAUUAGCAAUGGUUUUGCAAGAAAUGAGACCCUUUUGAGAAAGAGCAAUGGAGGAAGAUGCAGCUAUGGGAGUGGUGAGAUUGGCAGGUGCAUGCAGAAGCAGAUGCCGUUAGUGUCAACGAAAGUGGACGGCCCGAACAGUCGAAGGAUAGAAGGUUUCCUCUACGAGUAUGGGAUAGGGGAGGAAGUGAGGAUUGUUUGUGUGUGCCAUGGAAGCUUCUUUACACCUGCAGAGUUUGUGAAACAUGCAGGUGGUGGUGAGGUUGCUUAUCCUCUUCGGCACAUUGUUGUAAAUCCCAAUCCUAAUGCCUUGUGUUGAAGACGUCAAUCAAGCAUUGUCUUCUUUGACAAACUCAAAGAAAUAUCUUCGCAAGAGUAUCAAAAAUAUUAACGGUAAAAAAUUGUUUGGAGAUUCUUCGAGUUUGCACGUUGGCUUACUUUACUGUCAGAUAGUUUGCACGUCGAUCCCCUUCUCGCCUUGUUGCUAUAAAUCCCAGACCUGCUUAUUCUUCCUGUUACGAUAUUUUUCCUUUUCUUGUGUAUUAUUCAUGUCUUUUUUUUUUCUUUUUCUUUUUUUUUCUUUUUGGAUCAGCAAAAGUUGAUACAUUUUUUUUUAAAUGUAUAGCUCUACGAAUUUGCAAGUUCUACUUGUUGGUGUUUGCUUGUUUUACUGAACUUUUCUGAAGCAGAAAACAUUUUUGUUUAUUACAAAAUUUGCAAGUUCUACC